AUGGAGCUGUUCAAUACAAUCUUUGAGUACCUUCCUGAGCACUGUAUAGGAGUAUGUCGAGCCCACUGUCAAGGUGUGUUAGCGUCGCAGCUUCCGUCGCACUUGCGGAGGGGCCAUGGGGAGUUGACAGCAGCAACGCGCAAGGCAAUUGUGCUAGCUGCAGCAGAGCACUCAGCGUGGGCGACGUCUGCAAACACUGUUGCCCUCCCCCUGCCUGAAUCACAACCAAUAGCCUACCUACCUGUGUAUAGAGACGGGAUGAGAUGCAGCAUGGCGACCAAGGACAGCAGUCAGUGCAGCUACAUUGUCCGUACGCUACGAGACAUACAAGAGCACUGCCGCAAAGAGCAUGAAUGGACAAACCCACGCAAGAGGGGCUGGCAAUGCCCGGAGCAGCAGAACGGCCAGCCAUGGGUGGAGGGGGUGUGGUGCCAGAAGUUCCAACCAGCCGGACCGCUUGGGCGACUGUUUGAGGUCAGCCAGCCUUGCGACGAGGGCAUACAGCAUGCUGUCGACGAGGAGGGCGACCUGCAGCGCGCGAUAGAGGCGUCGUUCCUCCAAGGCACAGCAGCACUACAAAAGACCCAGCGGGACACACACGCCCAGGUGGAGGCUGACAGCAACCGCUACCUCUGGAACACGUGGCUGCAGAGAACGCGAUGGGCGCGUCACCUUGCUGACUUUGACCGCUCGUGGCUGCUGCGGCAGGUGCGGCAGCCAGGCGACGAAGAAAAGGCGCUUGAGAGGGUGUGCUGGGCGGUCGAGAUGGUGAUUUGGAAGGCUCAGCGAGCGUCGUCGCCGGAGGUGGUGGGACUGCCAGCCACGACGUUUAUUGAGCGCCGCGAGACAGGAGCACCAGAUAACGAGAAGCCAUUCGACGCACGCCAGACUGGGAAGACGAUGAAAAAGUACAGCCGGUACUGGGUGUCGGUCGUCUGCUACCUAUGGCGCACCUAUCAGCUG